UUGAAUCUGAACGAACAAUAAAAACUGCUCUUUGACACCUUGAGCUUAAAGAAAAGAAAAUUUUUUCUUUUCUUUGACAAUUUUCACACUUUCCUUCAGCGUUCACACUACCAUCUCUUCAUAUAUAUCUUUCCUUCACUUUCUACCUCUAUCUUUUUUCCUUUUUCUCUCUUCGAAUUUUGAUCAAAUCAAUCCUUUUUGUGGGUGUAAACUGAUUUAGGUUAGUUUGAGCGUGUGAUUGUUAUGGAGGGACAUCUUCACCACCAACAUCACAAUCAGCAUCACCUACAGCAAUAUCAGCUGCUGCAGCAGCAACAUCACAUCAGCGUAAACGUAGAGGCAAGUGAUAAGUUUCCUCAAUGGAGUAUUCAAGAAACAAAGGAGUUCUUGAUGAUCCGAGCAGAACUGGAUCCAACUUUCAUGGAAAAGAAAAGAAACAAAGUUUUGUGGGAAGUUAUCUCUAAUAAAAUGAAAGAAAAGGGUUAUAAUCGUAGCGCAGAGCAGUGCAAGUGCAAGUGGAAGAAUCUUUUUACAAGAUACAAGGGUUGUGAGACGAUAGAACCUGAAGCUAUGAGGCAACAGUUUCCUUUCUACAAUGAGUUGCAAGCGAUUUUCACAUCAAGGAUGCAAAGAAUGUUACGGGCUGAAGCUGAAGGAGCAGCGACUGGGUUGAAAAAGAAAGCAGUGAAGCUAUCUUCUGACGAUGAGGAUAAGAAUGAAGAAAUUAUUGAGGGCGAAAAGGGUGGCAGUAGAAAGAAGAUAAAAAAGGGCAAGGCAAUUGGUGGAACUAGUAGCAGUGGAAAUAGUAUUAGUUUGAAAGAGUCUUUGGAAGAUUUCACGAAGCAACAGAUUCAAAUGGAAAUGCAAUGGAGAGAAGUAUUUGAGGCAAGGGAAAAUGAGAGGAUGAUGAAGGAGAUGGAAUGGAGACAAACCAUGAAACAAUUAGAGAAUGAUAGGAUAGUGAUGGAAAGAAGAUGGAGAGAGAGAGAAGAGCAAAGAAGGGUGAGAGAAGAGGCUAGGGCUGAGAAGAGGGAUGCCCUUAUCACUGCACUCCUAAACAAGCUUAGAGGAGAAGACAUGUAGUGAUCAGCUUUCUUUCAAUGUUUUUGCUGUUUUAGAGAAGAGUUUUUGUCAUGUGGACGAGCUGGUAGGAUUGGUAAGCCACAAGGUCUGUUCAUGGCUUGUAGAGAAGAUUGUUGGCAGGGAAACGGAAAGGUUAGGCUUCAUUUGUUUUUCUCCUCCAUCAACAACGUUCAAUCAGGGCCAUGAAGAAAUGUAAGUUUGUGACCCAGCCUCAGAAUAUAUAUAUAUAUAUAUUGAUAUUCUUUAUCCUCUAAUUAAUAUAUCUUAAUAUUUCAAGUUUGAUAUUAGAGGUCUAACUUAACCAUUAUGAUGUUUCUCUUACUAAUUAAUAUAUAUUUGUUUAACUUCAUUUUGUUAUUGUUUUUAUUUUAUUUUAUUUUAUUUU